GGAGAGAGAGACAGGGGGUGGGUCGAUGUUUUCUGCCGGCGAUUGAGAUUGUCUGGUGGAGGAAAAUGGCGGCGGCUGCGGAGAGCUGAGGAGAUGGGAGCGAGAGAGAGUGCAUCAUGUAUGGAUGUUUGUGUAUUUAUAUGCAGUCAGACAUAAUGGAGCUUCCCUGUCUUCUAUCCAACAUUAAGCUCUGCCUGUGGCUCCCCUGUUCCUGGGAAAUGACAGGCUCCAGUGCUGAGGCAUUCUGGGAAUUGUAGUUCAGUAACAAAGGGCCAUAACUUGCUUUGUGUGGGGCUGGGACAGUGCACUCACCCAGGUAGGACCGGUGCCCACCCUUUAUCUGCCUGAGUGGCCUCUUCCCAGUCGCGCCUGCCAAUGAAAAUGGAAGACAUGUCUCUGUGUGGCCUGGAUAACAGCAAACUGGAGGCCAUUGCUCAUGAAAUAUACACAGACCUGAUAGAGGACACAUGUCUGGGGCUCAGCUUUGAGGUCCAUCGUGCUGCUAAAUGUGGAUAUUUCUUGCUGGACGAAACGGACCCGGACAGUGUAAAGGAUUUUGAAAUAAUAGACCAGCCGGGGGUGGAUAUCUUCGGUCAGGUUUACAACCAGUGGAAAAGCAAAGAAUGCGUGUGUCCUAACUGUAACCGUAGUAUCGCUGCAUCCAGGUUUGCCCCUCACCUCGAGAAGUGUCUGGGUAUGGGCCGGAACAGCAGCCGCAUCGCUAACCGCAGAAUCGCAAGCAGUAACAACAUGAACAAGUCGGAGAGUGACCAGGAAGAUAACGACGAUGUUAAUGAUAACGAUUGGUCCUAUGGAUCGGAGAAGAAAGGUGCGUUUAAUGCGUCUGGAGCAAAGAAGAGAAAAGCAGAGAAGAACCCAAAUUCUCCUCGCAGAUCAAAGUCCCUAAAACACAAAAACGGAGAUCUCUCUGUUAACUCUGACCCGUUUAAGUAUAAUAGCAGUUCAGGGAUUAGUUAUGAGAACCUUGGCCCAGAUGAGCUUCAAACACUUCUAACCACGCAAUGUGGGGUUAUAUCGGAGCACACUAAGAAGAUGUGUACCAGAUCACAUCGUUGCCCCCAGCACACCGAUGACCAGCGCCGAUCAGUGAGGGUCUAUUUGCUGGGCUCCUCUGCCUCUCUUCCCGAGGCUGACGGCAGUACGGACAACGACAGCUUCGAUGUGGUGGAGGGACAGGUGCUGAUGAGUCGGCUUCAAUGGGACGGAUCCUCGGACAUUUCUCCUUCUGAUUCUGCGUCCUCCAAAGCCAGUACAAAUAACUCGGACACUCGCAAACCUAAGAAAAAGAAGCCAAGUCACGUCAGCCUGGCGAGUGGAGGCGGCACAAGCAAGAAGAAGAAACCGAAACCUCCUGCCCCUCUGACCCCGGGGUUGUACGACCUCAAUUGAACACCGCGGACCAAGGACGUCAGACCGGGCGCCCGUUUUUCUACACGCACUCUCGACUCUCCGGGAUAUUUCGAUUUAUCCUUUGGAGACAAAAAUGGGUCUAAUGCUAAAUAAUAAACCCUUGAAUGUGAAUAUGAUCAGGACUGGUAAGAACUACAUUAAAAAAAAACCAAAAAAAAAGAGGAUUGAAAAUAUACCUCACCCAAUGCGGUUUAUUCCUUUCCGCAAGAUAAAUACUGGACCCGGUUUUGCCGUAUUUACAGUCUCUUCCUGUCCAGUCAUAUAUAUACAGUAUAUAUAUAUAUAUAUAUGAUCUCAUGGAAUCCUCAGGUCAGCCUGGAUCUUUCUUCCGUAUCAAGAGGCUGUUUGCUGCUUCCUCUAUGGACAAUGGAUCUCGCCAUCGGAAGACGACUUUCCUGAGAGGACUGAGGCGUCAACUUCCUGAAAAUGGGACUCUGAUUAGUGAGGCACCAGGAAGUUAUAACAUGAACAUAGGCAUGGUGUGUGCUGCUUCUGGUAUCAUUUCUGUUACGUAGUAAUUGGGUGCAGGCCGCCUGCAAGUACCUCCGGCAGCAAAUAAUUAACUCGCACGUUUAAUGAAUUUAUACUCCGUAUUUCAUCAGGCACAGAUUUACUUAAUCUUACAGAACAAAGUCCUAUCGGGGGGGGGGGGUUUAUAGAGCCAGAAACACCAAAAAGGGAAAAGUCUUUGUGUGUGUGUGUGUGUGUGUAUAUAUUGAAAAAUGUGGUUUUUUUUGUAUCAUGCAUUUUGAUUUUCUUAAUGAGCGUGUUGUUGAUUUUGUGGGAGAUCAUUGCUAAAAUGAUUGGAAUUCUGUGGAUCUGACCAAUCAGAAUCCUAAGGGCAGGGAGGAGUCACAUCAUGGACUGUAAGGGUGUCCAAUCAGGACCUGCUUGAACUAAAAUUCCCAGAAUCCUGCUGAGAGUUUUAGGGUUGGACUUUUUUUUUUUUUACUUGGUUUUAAAGCUUUUUCUUUUUUGAUGUUGCUGGUCUUUUUUUUUUUGUUUAAAAAAGGGGUCAAUCUUAGGAGCAAAGUGACCGAACGACUGUGCCCUUAGUUCAUUUAGUAAAUGUUUAACAGAGACAAGCAGGCCUGGACACAGUAUUCUAGCCAGUGAACUCGUGUCUGGGUGAAUCCCAUUGAGGAGGCUAGUGACCAAAAAAAACAAAAAAAUUUCCUAUCGGAUCAAAGGUUGUUCUGGAUCGGGCUCUUUGGAGCGGCACCUGCUUUCCUCUGGUCACUUUACUCCCUAACAGGGCUGGCCCUGCAACCUCGCAUUGUGAACUGUAUAGGAAUGUUAUGAAUUGUAUAUCAGGGUCUUCACUAACGUGUCCUUUUCCUUCUUAAUAUAGGGGAAAAAAAUCUUUAAAAAAAAAAAAUGAAUGCCAAUAUGCAUCUGUACAUUGUGUGUGGAAUAAAGCCUGUGCUGGUUAAGAA